AUGAGUUUGCAUCUUUUGGUUAAGGAUUCUGGUUUCGAUAUGUUCCAUUCAAAGAGGAUUAUUUACAAUGUACGAGUUAAGUUUUAAAUUUUAGAAUUAAAUGAUGAAUAAUUAACCUUAGAUACUAUAAAUUACUUUAUUUACUCAUUAAUAAGGGUUUCUGAUGAGUCAUAAUUAGUUUUCAAUUUUGUUGAACUUAAUAAGUUGUAAAAGACAAUCAAUUAUAUAAUCUAUUUUUACACAGACUAAUCAAUAGUGAAGAAAAUUCUUCCAAUUAAUAUUUUCAAUUUUGAAGGAGUUUGGAUUUUCUUCUAUUUUUAUAAUCAUUAUGAUGUUAAUCAUAUCUUAUUCUAUUAUUAUUAAUCUAAUUUAGAUUAAUUAUAUUAGGAAACAUUAGAUUCAACGAUCAAAGUCAAAAACACCGAUUAAUUAUAAAGUUCAAUAAGAUAUUUCAAAAACAUUUAAAUAUUAGAAUCAAAUAUCAUCACCUACCCAUUUUUAGGUAUUAUUAAAUAAGUAGAAACCACAUCAAUCAAUAUUUUAGAAGAUUUAAAUUCGUUUAAAUAAACAUGUAAUGUCGAAUUAAUUUGUACGUAAAUCAAAACUUAGCUCUUGCAUUUUAAUUAAAGUUUCACUGGAGGCCAAAGUACAGAUGGUUAAACGGACAACAUUUUUUAAAAUGCUUAUAAAUUUUCAGGUUGGGUUAAGCAGAAUCCAAUAGAUAUAGAAAUCAAACUUGAUAGUGCAUUAUUAAGUAUAUCAAUAGAUUGGAUAAAUUCUUAGAAUCAAUAGCAAUAGUAUUAAUUGUUAAAGGUUUUGUAUAAUCAACAUAAAGUAAGAAGUUUGAAUGGUUUUUCAGCCUCUACUUAUAGCUAUUCUUUCCCUUAUGUAUUGUCUUCUGAUUAGAUUGAAACCUUUAAGAUUUUAGACGAUUCUUUGUAAGAUUUAUUGACUCAAUGGCAUUUUAUUUAGUAUGAAGAAGGCUCUUCCUUAAAUCAAGGAAGACCUAUUUAUAGAGUAUAUUUUCCUUAAAAUGAUAAAUUUAUUGAGUGCAAAUGGAGUAAUCAAAUUAAUCAUUUUUCUGAUGUGAUCUUGAAAUUUUAAAUUGGAGGUGAUUACUUAUCUCUUUAUAAUUUUCGAGGAUAUUUAAGUGAUUGGAAGUUCUCCUAUUAUUGCUAAAGGAAUUAUGAAUCAUCUUAUGAAAUUCCUUGCCAUUAUACAUGUUCGAGUUGUAAAGGAAUUACGGCUAACGAUUGUCUAAGUUGUAAUGAAAAUUUAAAUAGAAUUUACUCCCCAAAUACUAACUAAUGCCUAUGCUUAGAUGGGUAUUUAGAAACAUUUUCAACAGCAGAAUGCAAAAGCUUAUCAGAUUACAAUGGAGUAUUUGAGGUGAAAUAUUUUGAAGUAUCUUGCGAUACUGUUGGUUAUUAUCAAUGCGAUGAAUCCAAAGUAUAGUGUGAUUUUGGAUAUUUUUAAUAUUAUGGUUCUUGCAUAGAGUGGUAUAUAUAUUACUUUAUCAUGAGUCCCCAUUUUUCCGUAGAUAUAAAGGACUACAAAUUAGAUUGUGCUUUAUGUUAUCUUAGUCCAUGGAUUUUUAACCAAACCUUUAUGUGUGAUUUUGACUUAAUCGCUGAUAAUUCAGAAUCACCUUUUUAUUAUUUUGAACGAUACUAUUCUAACACUGAGAUAUAUAAAAUUAAUUUUAAUAAUCGCUAUGAAUUUUCUUACUAAGUAGUAGGAGGUAAAUAUAUGCAAUAGAAUUAAACAUUUUGCAAGGCCGGAUAUUUUUUAUAAUAAGGAGAAUGUCGUUAAUGUAUAGAAGGAUGUGAAUUUUGCAAGUCGGAAUACUUCUGUGUUUAAUGUUCAUCUAAAUAUGCUUUAACGGCUGAAGGAAUUUGUAAAUUAUGUACAAAAUGUGAAUUGUGUUAUUUUGAUGAUAGAAAUGAAGAACUGUGUUAGUAUGACUUUUAUUGUUUAGAUUAAUAAUACUAUUUAAAUAAUUUAUGCAUAGAUUGUGGAUAAUUUUGCCAAUAAUGUGAUUCAGAAUAGUGUUUUUAUUGCAUAGAGAAUAAGAAAUAUUAUGUUAGUUUAGAUGGAAUAAAUUGUGGCUAUUGUUCAAUAGAAAAUUGUGAGUAUUGUAUUGAAUAUGUUUAUGAUAAUGACAAUAAUUUAAUAGUUUCAAUAGAUGUAAAUAGAGAUAAUAUUCAAUCGGAUAUGUAUUAAAUUCAUCUAGGAUGUGCUUAAUGUGUUAAAGGAUACUAUUAUUCUUUCUAAACUUAAAAAUGUCAAUUAUUAGCUGAUGAUAUGGCGGAAUGUGACGUAGGAUUGAGCUUAGAUGUAAAUCAAGGUAUUGUUUGUUUAAAAAGUCAAUCUUUAUCAGAUUCAAUUUAAUCAACUUUUUGUUAAGAUACUAAAUUGUGUUUACAAUGUAUUAAUAAUUAUUCAUCUACAUUACCUUCAUUCUGUAUUGUUUGUAAAGAAGGGUAUUAUUCAAGCAUAUUAACUGGAUUAUGCAAACAAUGUCCACAAUCUUGUAAAGCAUGUGCUUAAUAGAGUAGUAAAUACAAAGAUUAUUGGAAAUGGGAAAUCAAAGCAUUUUAUUCCUAUUUUAUAAAUUAAAAUGGUUAACAUCCAUUUGAAACCUAUGUCGUUGAUUCUGAUGAUUCUGAAUAGGAAAUUAAUUGUUUAAGCUGUUAAGUAAAUUAUGUCCUUUUUAAUAAUUUUUGUAUUCUAGGAUGUGAUGAUGAUUGCGAAGAUUGUAGAGUAAUGGUCGAUGCUUUUCAACAAUAUUAAUCUAGGUGUUUCAAAUGCAAAUCUAAUGUUUUUAAUAAAUUAAGAAGUUAUAAAUUUGAAAAUUAAUUAUAAAUAGAUUCUUAAUGUGAAACUUGUCCUAACUAUUGUUCAGCUUGUUAUCCAAGAACUUAAACAGAAAUCUCAUAAAUUAAUCUAUUUUUUAAUUAGACCUCUCAGUACUUAAAAUAUUCAUUUAAGUGCUAUUAUGUAGAUCAAAAUUAAAAUUAUAAAUACAUUUUACCUGAAACUCUAUCUUUAUAAAAUUGUAGAGAUUUUUAAAAAUGUACCAAAACUUUAGAGAUCAAAUUUAAAGUAUAUAACAAUUUAGGGUAGUUGCUUGAUGCUAGAGCAGAAGAAACAAAUAUCAAUUUACUUGAGAUGUAUUAAUAUCUUUUAGAUAUAACGCUAUACAAUAUGUGGUAAUAGUAUGAAACACCUGAAUUGCUAGAAUAUUAUAAUAGCUAAAAUAUCGAAGAGAUUUCUAUUAAUUAUUAACUAGAAUCUUCAUAACUAUAUCUUGAUUUCGGUAGCACUCUAUAAAACAAUUUAAAAUAAAAUGUAUUUAAUUUAAAAAGAGUAAAUGUUAAGAUGUUUGCUUUAAAUAAAUAUGUUCUAUAUUCAACAUUUAAUUAUUUUAGAGUGAUCAAUUAUGAUUAAAUCAUUUUUGAAGAUUUCGAUUUUAAAUCUCCUUCCCCUUACUAUGCAACAAUUGAAAAGAAUAUUACACUUCGCUUUGAGAUUACUAAUAAACAUUAUCCUUAAAUAGUAAUAUUUAAAAAUGUAAAUUUUGUCCAAACUGAUUAAAACAACACCUUAGAUUUCACAUUAAAAUGCAAUAGAUCAAAAUAUUUUUCGAUGAUCGAUAUGAAAUUUAAUUUGAACUUGACUGAUUCAAUAUUUUUUUAGUACUACCCUUUUAUUAGCAAAGAAGUUUCAAAAAUGACAGUUUAAAAUUUCAGGGUUUUUAAUAAUUUUUUGUAUAACUCCACUUUAUUCUAUUAUUUUGCCGAAAAUAAUACAUUUAACUGUGUUAUUUCGUUUAUUAAUGUAACAAUUCAAAAUACUUUAUUUACAAGAAAUUCAAGUUUUAUAACUUCCAAUUUCCAAAAAGAUUAUGACAUAGGCAUAAUAUAAUUAGAAAAUUUCACUCUGAUUGAUGUAAUCUUUGAGAAUUCAUCAUCUUUUAUUAGGAUUCUUUCAGGAAAAUAAAUUUCAGUCAAAAAUUUUAAACUUACAAAUGUUAAAUUUCUUGAUUUAUCAUCAUUUCUUAUUGGCAACACUUUUAGCAUUAUUGGAUUUGAUGUAGUUGCAUGUUAUCUAGAAUUCGGGCAUAUAAUUACUAAUAUUGGAAAAUUUAGUGAAUCAAAAUAAGUAAGAGAAUCUUCAGAAGUAUUAUAUUUGGAAAAUAUCAAUUUCACUAACAAUAAAUAUGUUUAAGAAAAGGCUUUUAUUUAUAUAUUAUAAAAUCAAGUAUCAAACAUAAGCAUAACUGUUAAUAAUCUUUAUUUAUUUAAUAAUCAGUAGUUUUAUGUUUAAGUGGGUAAACUUUCAUAUAGUUUUGUAUCAAGCGACCUUAGUUAACUCUACUUUGAAUGUAGUUAUUGCACUUUUGAAAAUUUGAAUAUAACUAGAGGAUUAGGCUAUCCAGAAUUAACAAUAAGGAAUAGCAAACAUGUUGAAUUGAAGAAAUUUACACUUUUAUAAAAUCCUUAAUUUGAACUGAAAUCUUUGCAUACCUCAAUUAAUUGCAUUAGAUAGUUCUACCUUUUUGAUUUACCCUUUGUUUUAAGUAUUAAAUCAUUUCUCAAAGUAUAUAUUGAUGAUGUGAAUAUAUCGGAUUAAGUUAUUAUCGAUUACCCUUACUUUAUCUUUGAAGGCUAAAACCUUAAUGAUUAAGUGGAGCCUGGUUUUAUUACUAUUACGAAUUCAUAAUUUGCAAAUAAUAUGUUGAUUAUAACCUAAUUAAAUCGACUCUCUUCGAUCAUUUCUUUUUAAACUUACUAGGAUACUAAAAUUCUCAUUUAGAACUCUACGUUUUAAGGAAAUUUCCUUAACAAAUAUGAAGACGACACUUAAUUACAUUCUUCGUCUACAAUUAUCAUUGAUUCUUAAAUAGGAUAGGUUAUUAUCUAGGAUUGCUUAUUUUAGUAGAACACAGUUUCAAACUCAUCUGAUUCUAAUAUAUAUAUUAAAUCAGAGACCCUUGUUGUUUAAAAUUGUAUGUUCAUUAAUUAAAAUCAAUUAUCUCAUUAGCUUUUACAAAAACACUUAUUAAUACCUAUAGAUUAAACAAAUUACAAUGAUAUAGUCAAUGAAAUCUUUUAUAUAAUGAGUUAAGGGGGAAGUGGAUAUUUCUUUAUUAAUGAGUUGACUAUGAUAUAGUGUGUAAUCAAUAAUUCUUUAGCAGUAAAUGGGGGAGCUUUUUACAUUAACACAAAAUCAACAGGAAAAAUUAUAAUAAGCAAUUCCUCUUUCGAAAAUACGUUAACAAUUUUAAAUAGUAAUUAAUUUUCUUCAGGAGGGGUCUUAUACAUAGAUGCUUCUAAAAGUCGCUUAAAUCUCGCAAUAACUGAGACUAAAAUAAAUAGAGCGUAUUCUCGAACUUAAGGAGGAGCUAUCUAUAUAGAAGCAUCUAGAAUUUAAAAUGAAAUCAUACUUUAGGAUGUGUCUAUAGCAAAUUCAUUUUCGUUUAAGAGCUCUAUAUUAUUCUUUUCGCCAAACUAAUCAAUAUUUUAAAGUACUGAAUAAGAAUUCAAUAUCUACUUGUCAUAAAUUGAGGAUUUAUCUAUUUAAGAUAUUUUACCAUUUUAAAAAGAAAAUCCAGCCAUUUACAUCUCAUAUAGCAAUUUUACGAUAGUAAAUUCUUCCUUUCCCGAAAUCCAUCUAAUAAAUUUGAUUGAGAUAUAUAAUGGAAUAAAUAUUAAUAUUCUUAAUGUGGAGAUUCUCAAUUCUACAAUCUUUGCUUCACAAAUUAUUAGAGUUGCUUUAAGAUAAGAUGUUAAAGCAAGGCUCGUUAUUAACAAUUUGAUCAUUAAAUCACUCACAAUAUAUCAAUUCAAUAAAUAGGAGUGUAUCUCUGAAAUCUAAAACAUCAAUAAUUAAUUAUUGUGUCCAACUGAGUUUAAAAAUAUUCUAUUAAAUCCUUCUGUUUAAACUAAACUAAAGAAUAAUACUAAUUAACUAAAUUGUAACUUAAAUUUAGUUUAAACAUAUUUUGUUAAUAAUUUUAGUCUAAUUGAACUCAAUAGUUUUUAGGAAUUGCAUGAGGUUUAAUUAGAUAAUAUCGAAUUGAAUUCAUGUCAUUGUAAAAAUUGUUAUUUUGGUUUGAUAUCAAUCUAAGAAUUCGAUUUUUCAUCAUUGAAAUUAAAAAUCAAAAAAAUGAAAGUAUUAAAUAACACAUGUGGUACUUUAGGAUGCCUAUCAAUUUUCUAAUCUUAAUCAAAUGAUAUUGUGAAUGAAAACAAUAGACUUUUAAAAGCUUAAAACUUAGUGGAAAUUGAAUAUAGUCCUUUGUAUGAUAUUUAGAUGAAAAUUGAGGAUAGUUAAUUUUUAUACAACAAAGCCUUAUAUGGAGGAGCCUGCUACAUUUAAAGUGUAAAUCUUCUAGUUGAUAAUUGUUAAAUAUUAAGCAACGAAGCUUAGUAUAAAGGAGGUGGAAUUUUUUAUUCUUCAAAUAACACUCAAAUUACUGUCAUUAACAGCUUAAUAAUUAAUAAUACUGCAGAUAUUGCUGGAGGUAUUUAUAUGAGUAAUGAUUAAAUGGCAUAACCUAAAGUUAUGAAUUUAUAGAUGAAAAAUAACAUUGCUCAUUAUUACGGGGAUAAUGUUGUGGAAUAUCCUAAAUAAUUAAAGUUGAAGUUUAAUUCACACAUAAUUUUACAAAAUAAAAUAGCUUUCAAGAAUGCUUCUUCCUUGAUUGAAGAAAGUGAAAUUGUACCAUAUUCCAUUUUUGGAUAAGAGAGUAAAACUUCAACACUUUUAUUGCCCUCUGGAAUUAGAAUUUCUAAAUAUAAAUACUUUGAUUUUACUACUUAAACUUAUGAGGACUAUAAUUUGACUUUUAGAAUACUCGCCAUUAAUUCUUUCGGAGAAUAAAUUACUAAUCUAAGUAAUUCAUUUUGUUCAAUAUAUGCUUAAGAGAUUUAAAAUACAGAAGAGGUAUUAUUUUCCAAAUUAUAAUUUGAUCCAGAAUAAUCAAAAUAAUAUCUAUCAAUUACCAAAAUAGAGUUUAAUUUAACAACUGGUGAUUUUAAUUUGGAUGAUUUGAUUAUUUAUUUUAAUCCUCAAACUGAUAAUAAAAUAUCACUUCUAUUGGCUAUUGCUUGUGAUUAAAUAUAGGUAUUUUAAUUUAAUGAAGUAUUCCCUUAUGAAAAAACAAGUGUCAUCUCUGAUUAUUAUGUAUUAGUAUAACUAAGAACAUUUAAAUGUUAAUUGGGAGAAUAUUUAAAUUCUACCUCUGGAGGUUGUGUAGAAUGUGAUAUCACAUAGAAUUAGUUUUCAGUUACUAUAGAUGCUUUAAAAUGCGAGUUUAGAGAUGAAGUCAAGAUGAAAAGUUUGCAGCCAGCUAUGAUAGAAUUGAGAGAAGGAUAUUGGCGAGCCUAUUACUAUAGCAAUAUUAUAGAAGAGUGUUAUCAUUUGAGAGUUAAUUGCGAAGGAGGUUGGCACACAGGGGAGUAGUCCUGCUUUCGGGGCCACAUAGGUGCUUUAUGCGAAUAAUGCGAUCUCUAUAACAUUUAAGGCGAUGGAUCAUUUUCUUUGUAUUAAUAAUAUCAAUGCUCAAGCUGUGAGGAUAUGGCUGCUAAUAUUGCAACUAUUGGUUUUGUCCUUAUAUGGACUUUAUUAUCAGUAUUUUUAUCUGUCAACAGCACAAUAAAAUUAAUUGAAGAGUUUACCUAUUACACUAAAUUAAAGACUAUUGUAAAGCAUAUUAUCUUUUCAUCUUCUUAAACCUCAGUGCUGCUUAAAGUGUUUACUAAUUAUUUAUAGAUUAUUAGUUCAAUAUCUACUUUCCAAUUAUCAAUUCCUGCAGGAAUAUAGUUAACAUUUAGGUCAGUUGGAAACCCAAUAGAAUCAAUGUCGUUUUCAUUGGAUUGCUACUUAGCUUAAAUGACUAUAAUUCCAAUCUUAUACUUUAGAAUUAUAUGGGCAUUUGUUAUGGUGGGCAUUUACAUUCUUAUUUUUAUUGGAAUGCAUCUAUUAUUGUUAAUUUUUGACAAGAAGAAGAAGAUGAGCAUUACUUUCAUAACGACAACUUUUAUUUACAUAUACAUCUAUUUAUCUCCAAAUAUCAUUAGUGGUUUGGUUGCUUUAUUGUCUUAUAGAAAUAUAUCUAAUGUGUUGUGGAUUACUGGGAAUGUUGCAUAUGGUUAUAAUACUGAACAACAUUAUAAAUGGUUAUCAUUCUUUAUCAUACCAUCAUUUAUUAUCGUUGGAUUUUUGAUGCCGUUGUUCUUUUGGUAUGUAGUAUAUCACAAUAGAGCACAUUUAAACACAAGCAAAGUCAGGAAAAUUUGGGGAUACUUGUAUAAUGAAUAUAAAGUAGACAUCUAUUAUUGGGAAACCAUUAAAAUCUUAUAGAAAGAAUUUAUUAUAUAUGUUCUAAUUUAUUACGAGGACUAUGUACCUGUUAAGUCAUCCCUAAUAUUUUUUGUACUUUUGGUUUAUGGAUAUCUGACUAAUCAUUAUAAACCUUAUGAAGCAGGAGAUUUGAACAGCAUUGACAGUUUACAAACUGCAAUUUGCAAAGUCUCAAUAAUUCUGUCAUAAACUAUCUACACUUCUUAGAGUUUAGGCAUAUAGGAGAUAGUGAUACCAGCCUAUUUCUUAUUGGCAAUACUUAACUUUUUCUUUAUUGUGCGUGUAAUCUCUAAAAUCCUAUUUGCUUACUUUGAACGAUUAUCAGAGCAAGUUGAUAAAGUCAAACAAUAUAUUGUUUUUAAAUUUCCUUAUAUUGUAUAAAAUAAUAAUAAAUAUUGUUUACGACUAUUUAGAAAUUCAAAGGAAAGGAAAUAGGUGAUCCGCAAUAGAUUUAAAUUGAUAAAGAUGUAUCUAAUACAACAUGCUAAAUUUAUUAUUAGUUACAAAUAGUAUUAAUAAUAAUAAUUAAAAUAGGCUUAACAAUCUAGAUGUAGGGGGGAACAAGAUUAUCUAUGA